AUGAGUGGUGACGAGAACAAUCCUUCUCCCGGAAAUUCUACGCGUAAGCGUAGUGCUUCGGCGCUACACACGGGCCCGCGUAAAAAGGCGCAAGUCAAUUCAUCAAAUCCCCUGGUACUUCACGGCCGACACUUUGGUCGGACUGUAUUUGCCCUUUGUAAUUUCCCUGUUCUUCUGACUGCCGGUAUACUACGACUUGAAGAAUUACAGGACACCCUCAUCGAGGAUUAUCCAGCAGAUGUCCGACGUGAACAUAGGGUGUUCGUAGAAUUAAUAGAUUCCUAUCCUGGUCUUUUAGCUCGUCUAACGGACGGCGAGGAGGAGGAUAUUAUUCACGUGGGAGAAUUACUAGGUAAAGGAGCAUCUGGUGCGCGAGGUGACAAUACCAAGACCCUUAAAUCUGCUGCCCUGGAAUGGCUUAUGCCCAGAGGACAGCCACUUAUACUGCCCCUCUCCCGGAAUAUCAAAUCGGACUGUGGGUUCAAUCAUGAAGUUACCGGUAGGUUGCUCUGCCCCGCCGGCCUUGACUGGUCAGACGUAGAAACCAAACAGAGUUUGAAGAGCGGUGAAACCGCAGUUAGCGGUGACCAAUGGCCCAUGUUCUUAUACUCUGGGUACCACUAUGAUCCCGAUGAUCCAUGGAAGGGCUUACUCAGGAGCGAGAUACUAACUUUUGGGUUCAAACAUGUUUUUACGUCUCCGAGCUUGGUGGAUAAGGAGCCCAAGGCUACGCGCUCCGGCAACGCUUACCUGCAUGGUAUGAAAUCUGUCACUAAAGGCUCUCUAGCUUAUGUUGCUACACAGAUUCGGUUUGCCUUAAGUUCAUCAUCAGUAUUUUCCCAUACCGACACAGUCACGGACUCGGAAAAUUUUUAUCAUAGCAUUCUGGAUUUACUAGAGGAUCCUGACGAAAUUGAGGAGGUUAAUGACCUGAUGACGUGGUGGACACGUCGGGUAUUUCCUAAUUCUUCUUCCUCUCAGCGCAGUAUCAGCAAAAACAGCGCGCUGGCCAAGAUUCGGGAAAAACGUGCUGCCUUGCGAGAACUAGCCGCUGCCGAGAUCAAUUAG